AAAAGUGGCAACCUCAAAUUGACGUGAUUUUUAAAGCGAAAAAUAUAUUAAAUUUUUACUAAAAUAUCCUGUAAAUUUUUGAUAAAAUAAUUAUUUAUGAAAUUUAAAUAGAUUUUAAAUGGUAUUGUGGAAAAUCCAAAUGUUAUUUUAGCUUUAUAGAAUUAAAAUGUUACAGUAAAAUAAAAUGUUACGUGUUGAAAAGAAUUUGUGACGUCAUAUCGUAUGAUAUUAAAUCUCGACGAUGAUUGGUCAGUUUUCUUUCAAAUCAAUUCAUUCGCUAUUACUUGUUAGUAUUUACAUGAACAAGAAAACUGUCAACCAUUUUUAAACAAUGAAUUUUUUAAAAAAGUAUUUUGUGUUAAAGUAAAGAAACGAUUUUAUUUUUUUUAAGUGUAACAGCUAAUUUAUAAUAAAGUUGUAUUAAAAUUUAAAAAAUAAUAAUGGAACAGUCCAUGGAUUUGGGAGAAUACCUCCCAAAUAGCACAGGUACGGGAACAAUUGAUCCAAUGAUGGAUAUGAUUUUCAAGGAAGAAGAUGCUAUAUCAUUCAUAAAAGAUAUUUCGCCGGAAAUGUUAAGUAAUUUUUUAGAAGAUAUUGACAAAAUGGAAUUUACUGAUGAAAUUCUGUCAUCUUAUUCAAAUGAACAAGCUAUUAAUAUUUUAAAUCAUUCUAUUACAAAUAAUAUCAAAAAUGAGCCUAUUGAAAUUGAAGAGGAACACAUUUAUUCAAAUAAUUUACCAAGAGGGACUACAAAUAGUGCAUCACUUUUACCAUCAAUGUCAAAUUCUCAUAUUUAUAAACCAGCCGUUGCUGUUGACCCCUUGUUAGGAGCCACAAAUUUCAAUUCAGUAGACUGUAGCUCGUCUAGUAGUAGCAGUUUAUGUGAUAGUCCAUUGCACAGUCCUCAAUUAAAUAUAUCUGCAUCGCCAACAUUGCAACAAAAUAUAACAAAUUACGGAUCAAACCAUUUCAGUAAUAAAUCAUCUGAAGCUAUGAAAAAUUUAUCUUCAUCACCGCAACAAAUUGAUCAGCUUGUUAAUAAUACCUCAAGUAAAAUUUUGAACAAUCAGAGCUCUCAACAAGCUUCUAAUCAACAACAACAAAUGCAAAAACAGCAACAGCAGUCACCACAGCAACAACAACAAUCAUCACAGCAACAUCAGCAAGCCUUAGCAGCCUUACACCAGCCUCAAAUUGUGUAUACAACAAAUCAGCCGCUUACGAUUACAAAUCCAACUGCAACUCAAACAUUUGUGGUACAGAAUACAAAAACCCCUAUUACUAAUGUGUUACCAACAUUAGCAACAUUACAAGCCUCAUCUCCAUCAGUUAAAUCUACUCAACAAUCAUCAUUAAAUCAAAAUAAAAAACAUCAAUUGCAACAACAGCAAAAUCAAAAUUCUAAUGCAACAUCAACGCCAGUCGUAAAACAAAUUCAGCAAUUACCUCAAGUGUUGACUUUACAGAGCGUUGGGGGGAAUGAUAAACUGGUCUUGCAAACAUCGAGUCCAACUCUUAUGUACGCAACUACUGCAACACCAGUUACAACAACAACGACACAGAACAUUCACGCCUUGGUAAAUGGGGCCAUUUUAACGACAACUCAAAUACCAGUGGUUUUAGAAACUGGAUCUGAAAAUAAAGUUCAAAUUAAUCGUGUCCCUCCAAAAAUCAAAGAAGUUAAACGUUCUGCGCAUAAUGCUAUAGAAAGACGUUACAGGACUUCGAUAAAUGAUAAAAUUACUGAAUUGAAAAAUAUUGUUGUUGGGGAAAGUGCGAAGCUAAAUAAAUCUGCUGUUUUAAGAAAAGCUGUAGAUAAAAUUCGCGAACUUCAACGGCAAAAUACAGAUUUAAAGACCGAAGUUAAACGUUUGCAGCGUGAAUUAAUGGCGAAGGACGGUUCUAAAGUUAAAGAUUUACUUGUACCCAAGAUUAACCGUAAUGUUACCACCAAAAAUAUAAUUGAAGAAGAUAAUUUCUAUGGUGGUAAAUCUAUAUCUUCAGUGCAGUCCAUAAUGACCCCACCCAGAAGUGAUGAAUCUAAUCCCUCCUUAUCACCCGCACAUUCCGAUGUUUCUCUGCCACCGUCACCAUAUCAAGCUUCUAUUAAUAACGGUGCUUUAAAGGAAGAGUGUGAUUUUAUACCAUCAGUGCGAGGUAUGGCAUCUCAUAGUCGUUUAACAUUAUGUAUGUUUAUGUUUGCCGUUUUGACUAUAAAUCCAUUUAAAAUGUUUUUCAACGGAAUAUCGCAACACACUCAACUGGAGGAUAUGGUUGGUAAUGAUUUCAGUAGUGGCAGGAUUCUUCAAGCACUUGAUGACGGCGAUUCUUACGGUUCUUUUUUCACAUGGCAUGGAUUUAGUACAUCUCUAGCAUUGUGGACAGUAAACUUAACUGUAUUGCUUUGUUGUUUAAUAAAAUUGCUUGUUUAUGGCGAUCCAGUCCUCGAUCCAAGUUCACCAGCUUCGGAGGCUUAUUGGAAACGCAAAAAAAGAGCAGAUUUGGAAUUUUCAAAGGGAAAUUCUUCAGGCGCUUACAGUGACUAUUUACUCUGUUUGCAAACUUUUGGUAUAACAUUACCAGCAUCAAGAAUAGAAGCAAUAACAGCAACAACAUGGCAGUUUGUCCGACUUUUUUUUCAUCGUAUAUGGAUUGGACGUUAUUUAUCACGAAAAGCAGGAGGAUUAUUUUGUUCCACAAAAGCACGUAGUGAUGCUUUAGUAUCAGCUCGUGAAUUAUCACUUGUAUUCCAUCGUUUAAAUCAACUGCAUUUAGCAACGAAAAUGUCAGACAGUCAUGGCUUAAUGUUAUCAUUAUUCGCCGUCAACAUGGCUGAAGCUUCAACUGCUGUUAUGAAUCCAUCAGACUUAGUUGAUAUAUAUAUGACAGCUGCAUUACGAGUUAAAAGAACAUAUCCAACUUAUUUGCAAUUUUUUGGAAGAUAUUAUGUCAGCAAAGCAAAACAGGAGAGCUCUAAAGUGUGUGGUCAAAUACAUAAGUUUCAAUGGGCUUUCAAACCCUAUGGAUAUCGAUAUUUUAUCUCGCAUGGUUUUAACCGCACAUCUGACGAGAUAUUAUUUGCUAAUGUGAAUAACAAAGCCGACCCAAUGGUAUAUGUUAUGAAACAAUACAGAGAACAUCUUUUGAACAAGGCUAUAAGAUGUCUAGUUGGAGCGGUUAAAUUUCGUCAACAUGAUAAUAGUAAUUAUAAUGGCGGUUCUACUGUUCAUCAAGAAAAUUCGCAAAAAACUGAAAGUACUCCAUCAGCCCCAAAUAUUCGUUCUGGUUCUUUAGUAAGUGAUGUUUUAAAUUAUACAAUUAUCUUAAACGAUACUAUGUCUGGGGAAGGAGAUUUAACAAAUAAGGACUCGAUUGUUGAAUGGUGGUCUAGUUUGUUAAUUAUUGCUGCAUACUGGUUGUUAGGAGAAGAUGAACAGGCAGCUGAACUAUACGAUGUUGUUGAUAAAUUACCAGAACAAUUGAAUUAUGAAGGUGAAACAUUACCAAAAGCAUUGCACAGCAUAUUUCAAGCAAAGAAAUUAUUACUUUCUGAAGGAGAAAAAGACAUAUCAAAGAUAUACAAACUUUGUUAUGAAGCUAGCAAAUUUCUUCAAGAUAGUUUGGCUUGCAAUAAAAUAAAAUCUGCUAAAGAAAAAAAAUUGCUAUUUCAAUUACUUGCAUGUGAUUGGAUUCUUGAAGCUCGAACAGCUCUUUGGGAAAUUGAAAAUGUUGCUACAGAUGAUGAUGGAUAUUAUCAAGUUCCAGGAGAUGUCUUGGAAAAAUUUCAAACUGACUUAAAUUUAAUGCGUUGUAUUGUAGAGGAAAUACCAAAUGGACAGUCUCGUGUUUAUCUCUAUGAAGCAGUGUGUCGUUUAAUGGCGGGAGCAGCCCCUGGUCCGACACAAGAACUCCUUGAUCGGAGUUUGAGAUACCGUCAAUCACGAUCAUCAAUUAUUUGUGGUGGUAAAGACAAAAAUUCACAAUUUGAAGGUGGAGAACGAGAGCGAGCUGCAGCAAUGUAUGUUGCUUGCAAGUAUUUACCAUCAGCAUUAUUAUCAUCCCCUGGUGAAAGAGCGGGUAUGCUAUCAGAAGCAGCUAAAACAUUAGAAAAAAUUGGAGAUAAACGUAGAUUGAAAGACUGUUAUCAAUUAAUGAAAUCACUUGGCAGUGGAUCUGUUACAAAUUAAAAAUUCAAAGAUAUUAAAAGAAGAAUGUAUAAAAUUGUGAAAUAAAUGAAAUAUUUAUUUACAUAUUAAUUUUAUAGAAUAAAUUUAUAUAACACACAGAUAAAAUUUUAUGAAAUCAUUCAUACUUCUUUUUUUAUUUUGAUUAUUUUGAUAUAAUUCUGACAAAGUGACAUAAAAAUAUAUUUUAUACGUCAAUAGUCCACAUAUACAAAUAUAAAUAUAACAUUGUAAAUCUAUUAUAAUUUCUAUGUAAAUAGCAAUAAGUAAGGGAAAGUACUGAACCGUAAUUUAAAACGAUAGUUAUAAUUGCAAAUAGAAAAAAAUACAUGAUACCUAUGUUAUUUAAUUUUUAAUAAAGGUGUUUCUUUUUUUUUUUCUUUGCACCAAAAUGAAAAGUAAAUUUAAUUUAAAAUACAAAAUAAAAACAAACAUAAUAUUAUUCAUAACUUAUUAAAUUUAAUUCAUAAACAAUGUAAAAAUUUUAGAAUUUAUGGAUAUUUUUUUUUUUUUUCAAAAUUACUUAUUUCUCUGGAAGUUUAUUUUUUAUUUUUUAAUAAUAGUAAUUCAUAAACCAAACCAUUAAUGGUUUUUUAAAUAGUUUUAUGAACUUUUACAUAUAUACAAACCAUAUGUGUGUAUAUAUGGUUUUUGUAUCAUUUUAAAAGUAGAUGAUAUAUUGCUGUAUCAAAAUUUUAGAAUCUUUAUUUCUAAAUCCGUGCAGAAUCCGAAAAAGAAUUUUCGCAAAUAUUUAGAACAAUCUGAUAAACGUUCGGAUGUUCGGAAUAUGAACACAAAACUAAAGUUUUUUCCUGUGACAAUUAGUUACGAAAAAUUUAUUUACAUACAUUAGAAAAACUUUUUUAAAAUGUAAUUUAAAAAAGUAAUCAAAAUAUUAGUACAAAUGCGAAAUUGCUUUUAAAAGCAGUUUAAGAUUCUUUCAAUAUUAAUUGAAAAUAAAAAUAUAAAGGUAUGGAAUUUUAAAAAUUUGUACUCUUUGGUGUCUUCUUUGGGCUUCGUCAUUUUUUUUUUUUUAGCACACACUUUUUCUACAAACCAAAACCUACUAUGCAGUAAAUUCCAAAUUUGUAGUUCGAAGAAAAUUAUAACAGAAGAGGACUGAAAGAAUUCAAGUGUAUAAAAAACUUUAUGAACUUCAUACGCUGAAUUUUCAAAUGCAACAAUUUACAUUUAUAAUGUUUUUUGAAAUGAAACAGAUCCAUAAAUUUUUUUCAAUUCUAUUAACAUCUUUCUUUUUAUUAAAAAGGAAAAAUGUUAACAGAAUAAAUAUGUAAGACAUUUUCAAAUUAGAAAAUUAAUUUUCGUCUUGAAGUGGUAGAUACGCUAUAGUGUAUGUAUGUAUAUAAGCAUAAAAUGUAUUAAAGGCAUGUUAAAAGUGAUUUGUUACAGACUUGCUUUUGAUUAAAGUUACAUAUUUGGAUAAUAACUUUAAUUAUGUAUAGUUGGAUAAUAUAUAAUAACUUUAUCUUAUAAAGACAUAAGCAUAUUAAAGAUUUACAUGUUUUUUUUUCUAAUUUUGAGAAUUUACUUUAAAAUUUUUUAGUAUUUAUACAUAUUUUCAUUUAAUUUACUUUAAAAAAGAAAAAUAAACUAAAUCAAAAACAAUGAUGGGAAAACAUACAAAUGUCAGUAAUACAGUAGAAAAUAAAAUUGUAAUUUUUAAUUAUUAAUUUUCAAUAAGCCUAACUUGCUUUACGUUUAUUAUUAUAACUUAUAAUUACAUCAAAGGAAAUGCAUAUAAUUAUUUACAUA